ACACACGGGGGAGCGUGCUAAGCUCUAGAGGGCGCCAGAUCAAUAACGUGGUUGGUGCACCAAGUUUUGUUUGCCCGGCGGAUUUUGAUGAGAGACACGAAAGAAGCGGUUUGGCUUGUUUGUCAAGAAUGUCUAGGAGUAGGAAUUCGGGAUCAACAACAGCGUCAUGGGGAUACAAGGCACUACGAGGAAGACCCAAACCACUUGUCGUCAGAUUAACUGAAAUCAACCAGUACAUUACAUGCCAUUUAUGCAGCGGGUAUUAUGUAGAUGCAACAACUAUCAUUGAGUGCCUUCAUACAUUUUGUAAAAGCUGUCUCAUUCAGUAUCUCCAUACCAGUAAGAAAUGUCCGACCUGUGAUGUCCUCAUUCACGAAACCAACCCGUUCAGCUGUAUCAGGCUGGAUCGGACAAAACAAGAUGUCCUCAACAAACUCCUACCAUACGUGUCAUCAGAUGAGCAUGAAAACAAGAUAUUAUUCUACAAGCAGAGAGGCAUACAGUUUCCCGAGCAAGUUGAAACACAAUCACGUAGUGCUUCACCGAUCGAUCCGACAUUACCAGUUCAGUCGACCUUACCAAUUCAGCCAACAUUACCGAUCCAGCCAACAUCACCGAUCCAGCAAACAUUAUCGAUCCAGCAAACAUUAUCCAUUCAGGCUAAAUUACCAAUUAAGCCAUCAUUACCGAUCCAGCUACCAACCCCUCCACCAACACCUCCCCCUCUUCUGCCUCCUCCACACGCCCUACCCCAACUGCCUCCUCAAAAACCAUUGGCACAGACCCAAGAAGCAGCCACGACCACAGGAGUAAUCCACCAUCUCACAGACAAUUACAUCUCACUACUAUUAGAGUUUAUUGGGGCAAGUCACAGUUAUAAGAAAAGUGGGCAAAUCCAGCAGAAGUAUGUGCGGGUUUCCCAACAGACGUCCAUCAGACAUAUCCAGAAGUAUAUCAAUAAGAAGCUGAAGCUUGGCAACAGUUAUGAGGUAGAUAUUGUUUGUGGUGUGGACAUAAUGGAACCAGACAUGAAACUCAGAGUCCUCAGUGAACAGGUGCCUGAUGAACAGUUUCAAGAUGGAAUCCUGUUGCUUCACUACAGUCUUGUGGAUUCAGAAAUUCUUGAGAUCUCGUAGUCAAGACCUUAGGAUGAGGGGACUUGAACAUCACAGCGUCUGGCAUUGAAUGAGGACCGUCUUCAGUGACCGUCAUGAUGAAAUCUGAUCUCGGUAUCUGUGGAUAUAGCUUCUAUGUUGAAUCAUGAACUUUGAAGUAUAAGGGUCAUGUCACACGAGGCAUUUUACUGGCAAGAAGAAAGGACAUUUACAUUGGAAUGUUUACAUAAUUAUUUUUUCUGAGAGAGUGUAAGACAUUGUUUGAAAGAUUACUCAUAUGCCACCGAAAGGGUAGUUGGUUGCCUCCAAGUUGACUGGAAAAGUUGCCUCGUGUGACAAGGCAUUGAGAGUCGAGGGUCAUGUCACACAAUACAAUUUACAGGCAACCAGAUCUAGGCAAUCUCUAAGAAGUGAAUCCAUUUACAUUUGAACAUUCACAUACCAUUCUUGGAGAUGGUGAAACAUUGUUUGAAAAAUAACUCAUGUGCUACCAAAUGGUCCAGUAGCUCACACUGCAGUUGGUUGCCUGUAAAAGUUGCCUUGCGUGACAAGAACCUGAAAACCAGCUUAAUUUGACUGUUUCUUCUGUGGCUGUGGUUAGAUUGCUGCUCCUUUCUAUGUGACUAGGUCCAAACGAAGCGACUUCAGUUUCGGCUAUGGCUGUUAGCUGUGGAUGCACAGGCCUGGAAUUGCACGAAGGCCAUGGCCUCUGGUGCCCCUGGUCUUGGCCUUGGUGCCCCUUUAAAAGUUCCACAUUAAAUUUAAGGUUUCUCAAUGGAAGUGCCCUUUCCAAAAUGGAUUCCGCCUUGUCCUCCAAAGAUAAAAUCCCAGGCUUGGAUGCAUUGCUGAGAAAUUGCCAUUGCAUCUAGCAAAUACCAUAGCCAAAGCUGCUAUUUUGGAUACAAGUUUCAGUAUAGACUUUAUAAUGCAUGUGAUUUCAUUUGAGUAGAGCGCCCUUGCCUAGGGGUCAAAAGGUGGUUGUUCAUUGCUCAAACCUUUGUUCAAAUCUGCAUGUCUCCAUUGUUUCAUCAUCGGUUUAUCUCUAAGAUAGCGGCUUGAUGACGCUGAGACAUAAGUUCCAUUACUUUUUGAGUCGCCAAUCAUAGCCAAAGCCUAUAACACCCGUUUCAGACGGGCGCGCCAGCGUCUUGCUGAACCAAAUAGAUGAAGGGCGACUCUAGGUCGACCAAAAUAAAAUUUUGUUUCAGACAGGCGAACUUAACCUAACAAUUUAACAUUGGUUCGGUUCAUGACAAGAUCAACUUCUGAAACUAAGGCGCUCAAGAGUCGUUCCCAACAACUGCAACAGUUGAUCUUUCGACUGAACUGUUUCAGAUGUCCAACUUUUCUUGACUUAAUUCAGAAUUGUGGAGCGCCUGUCUGAAACGGGUGCAAGCUACCAAAACUUGGAUAUUACCAAAGACAGAUGCUGUUGCGUACACUGGGCUUUUGCUAAUGCUGUCAAUUUUGACAAUCACUGUUGUUGAGAGAAUCUUCCAUGCUUCUUUUGUUAUAAAAAACUGUCCUGCUGGUUCGGGACAGAAAGAAAACCUAACCUUGUUUUUGAAAAUGCUGUUAUGAGCCUAAGCCCACCCAGUUUCAUAAUGUCGGUAAGCACAAAAACUUGCUAAGCACAGAAAAAAAACUUGCUUAGCAGAAACUGGUUACCAGGCAAAAUUCCAUAUAGUUUGUACCGUUGCAACUGGUGAGCCACUCAACUUUUGCUUAGCAAAGACAUUUUUUAAGCAGUAUUUUUUGCUUAACAGCUUCGUGAAAUUGGGCCCAGAGCCUAUGCAAUGCAUAAGUUGAUGUGAACUUGUCAUCCCUGACUUUUACCAAGAAUUGUUCGAGAAAUAUGCUUUGCAUUGAAAGAGGUGUUACAUGAUUUUGUAUGUGGUAAAUUGUGACAGCGCCCUCUGUAGUUCAAUGUGGUUUAUCCAGAGGCUGGGCUUGUCCUCGAGAUGACCUUUAGUCUGCAAUGAGAAUUUUACAGAGGCCUUUCUUGGGCCCAAUUUCACAGAGCUGCUUAAAGACAUGGACACUAUUGGUAGCUGCUCAAAAAAAAUGGUAGCAUAAAGAAGUUGCUUGGUAAUGAGCAACGGAGAUCUGUUGAUAGUAUAAAACAUUGUGAGAAACAGCUCUCUCUGCGAAAGAGAUAGUUUCUCAUUCAAACAAUAACAGACUUCAGGCCUAAAGACUUUGAUUACGCAUCUGAAGGCACACAAAUUUAUGCAACAAGGUUGUUUUUCCUGUCU